AUGAAAGUCUCUGUGGCUGCCCUCUCCAUCCUUAUGGUCAUGGCGUUCACCUCUCUGGCAUCUUCUGCACCAAUGGGCUCUGAUUCUCCUAUAUCCUGCUGCUUCUCUUAUGUCAGAAAACAGAUUCCUAGGAAAUUUGUGACAGACUUUUAUGAGACCAGCAUCUUGUGCUCUCAACCAGCUGUGGUUUUCCAGACCAAAAAGGGCCGGCAGGUGUGUGCCAACCCCAGUGAUGACUGGGUUCAAAAGUACAGAGAUGAUCCAGAGCUGAACUGA